AUCCACGAUGCUUCUCGUGUUUUCCGUUAUUACUUUAUUCCCACCCAUCUCAGCUACCCUCUGGUACAACCGCGUUUAUAAAUCCCAUCCCUGCUCGCGAUCGGUCACCGCCGGCGAAGAAAAAAAGUAAAAGAAACCAAGUAGACGCCUAAAGAAAAGAGAGUAAGCUUAACGGGAGUGCAACUGACGCCCGGAAUGAUCGCCGGAUUUCGUCGCUCCAUCUCCUUGCCAGGCCUGAGCCCUAGCGCCAGCCCCUCCCGUUGCCGCCGCCGCGACGCACAGCACACCCGGUCCGCCAGCUUCCCCUGCCGAUCCCAUCCCGUCCUCUCCCUCCUCCACGACGAGAUCCGCUCCCUCCGCGCCUCCGCUGACCUCGGUUGCUACACCUCCUCUGCCUCUGCCGCCGCCACAGUUUUCGAGCGGAUCGACCGUCUCCUUGCCUCCCUCGACGACCUCCUCCGGCUCUCGCAAACCCAGGAUUCCCUUCGGCGCCUCCCGGCCAUGACUGACCUCCUCCUCGACGAUUUCCUCCGCCUCGCGGACGCGCAAGGCUCCUACCGCUCCGCUGCUAUAGUGCUCGCGCAGCACGCCGCAGAGGCGCGCGCGGCGUCCCGGAGGAGGGACACCACGCGGCUCACUUCCGCGGCCCGAUCGCUGCGGCGAGCGGAGAAGGAUAUCGCGGGGCUCGUGUCUGGGAUCAAGGACCUGGCUAGAUCUCGUCCAUUCGCUGCGGGGAAGUGGGAGGGCGCGGCGGGGGCGGAGGUGGCUGGGAUCUUGGCGGAGGCUGUGGCGGCGAUUGGGGCUGCGAUGACAUUGGUGUUCUCGAGUGUUUCCCAGGCCGCGGCGGCGGUGGCUGCGUCGAUGGCGAAGGAGGAAUCACGGAGGGGGAUUUGUGGGUUGAGAAAGAAGACGGAGGAGGGAGAGGAGGCGACAUUGGAGAUGUUGGAGGAGCGCUUGGAAGGAAUGGAGGAGGGAUGCGAGAAAUUGUUCAGGAGCUUGAUCAACAUUCGGGUCUCGCUUCUCAACAUCAUCACUCCCUCUGUGUAAAUUGUGUCUCAUCUUACAAGUGGUUUGACGAACAUUCAUUCAUUCAUCAGCACAAAAAAUAACUGCUUGAUUUGGAUUUUAUGAUA